AUGGAGAAACUGUUUCCCAAGCAGGACCAUCCGAGCAUUCUACUCAUGGAUGGGGGCUCAGGCACGACGCUGGAGGACGAGCUCGGAUGCCAGCUGAAGAGCGAGGUAUGGUCAUCUGAGCUGCUGCUCAACCGACCCGAGACACUCGCAAGGCUCCAUCGAGCCUGGGAACACGCCGGCGCCCAAAUCAUCUCGACUGCCAGCUACCAAGCAACGCUCGAAGGCUUCAGAUCCCUGCUAUCUCGAUCUAAGGGCCAAACAGAGCACAAGAAUGGAAACGACGACAGUCUGCAGCUACUCCGUAGCUCCGUCGCCCUGGCACGCGGUGUGUUGGCCGGCAGCAGUACGCGAGUGGCGCUUUCGCUGGGUCCAUAUGGUGCAACCUUAAUCCCUGGACGGGAGUACAGCGGCUGCUACCCCCCGCCAUAUGAUAGCGAAGAGAGCCUGGUGAGCUUCCAUCUUGAUCGCUUGUUGGAUUACGCCAAACACCGCCCGACGUGGGAUCAGCUGGACAUCGUCCUUUUCGAAACGGUGCCGAACCUCACCGAGGCGCGUGCCAUCCGACGCGCCUGGAAGAAACUGGAACAGAUCCUCAUCGAACCACGACGAUCGACCGGAGGGGCCCCCGAGCUAUUCUCUAAACCCUGGGUGAUUAGCUUUGUUUUCCCAACACCUGACGGCCAGUUCCCGACUGGCGAAAGUGCAUCCGAGGUCUUGAAAGCCGCCUUGGAUGUUGAUGUCGAGCUAGCAGAACCCUCAGGGGUCGGGAUCAACUGCACCAAGCUUGAUAACCUCCAACCCAUUCUCCAAGCCUGGACCACACCGGAUACUCUGCCCAUCAACCACUCCAAAACUUGGCUCUGGCUCUAUCCCGACGGCGGACCCACCUACGACUCUGUCAACCGGUCUUGGACUGGCUCUCCAAUCACUCACCAAGAAUGGGCAAAUCAACUCUUCACUGUUGCUUCCAACUCUUCAGCCUCUUGGGCUGGUGUCGUCAUUGGCGGUUGCUGCAAAGCAGGAACGAUGCACAUUCGUGCCCUCCAUCACCUUCUCUCUUCAACAACCGGGAAAUGA